GCGUCAGUCAACUCCGUCUUGCUCCCGCGCCCGCGAAAAGGCUGGCGUGUGAUUGGUCGAGUGCGAUGCAAGCAGAUGCUAACUCGCAAGCUAAGUCAAAAGACCCCAGCGAUAGACAUCAUUUCCAUUAGCGGAGAUCCGUUGAGCAUACAACAUGAUGUUUCUAAUUUGCCUUCUUUUGAUGGCUGUUCCAGCACCGAACGUGGGAGCAGGAAGAAACGCCCGACAUGAUGACUACGUGGAAGAGCCGGCAGAUGACGAUUCCCCGAAACUGCCAGUUCGUGAAUCACCAGCAGAGAACGCCGACGAUCUUGAAUCUGUGCCCCAGAUCCUAGCCACCUCCGGCUGCGGCCCCAUAUCGGAUAGGGUCAUUUGUAGCUGCGUAAGCCGGGCAACCCCGGCUCCUUCUCUGAACUGGUUGGUGCCGCAAGCCGUGCGAGGUGCUCCGAAAGGAUCCACAGAGAAGCUAGACAAACACACUGUGAAGCUGGAUUUGUUCUUGGAGAAUCUCACGGACAGCAUCGACGUGCUUUGCGUCAGCUCAAACAAGUGGGGUUACGACCACCGUGUUUUCACGGCGCCCGGGAGAGACUCUGAAGAUGAGAUAAUCCCGACAGGUUUUUUCAUGAAGAUGAUCAAGUUUCUCGGGCAACCCUGGAGGUCUUCUGGCCUGUCACUUCUGCUGACUUUUAUGGUCACAAUUCGCUGUGUCUUUGCGGUGGGCUUCCGACAUACCUACGCGACUUCAGCAAGAAAGUGGUGGCGCGUCAUCAGAACGCUGAUACUACGCACCGGCCAGCAAGAAGCCGCUAACGCCGCCGAAGGCGCUGACACCGCCGACAACGCUGACGCCGCCGACAACCCUGACGCCGCCGACACUGCAGACGCCGCCAACAACGCUGCUGACGCCGCCAACAACCCUGACGGCGCCGACACUGCAGACGCCGCCGACAACCCUGACGCCGCCGACGGUGCCGACGCCGCUGACGUUAAUGGUGUUCAGGGUCGAGCGAGAGAGGAGCGCGUCUUCUUCGUUGACGGCCAGCAGUACUAUGUUGUUAAUGUUGGAUACUCUGAGCAAGAAGUCGCUAACUUUGGUUACAUAGACACACCGGAUCAUCCCGUCUAUAACUUACACAACCGGGAGCGCAUUGUCGUUUAUGUUGGCUAUGGCGGCAUUGCCCCACCACUUCCGCGCCAUCGUUAAUGUUGCCAAGAUUUUCGAUUCUUUCGAUUGUUUCAUGUAUAUGUGAGAGAACAUCAAAUUUGAAAUAUGAAG